CUGAACUCUAAUUCACAGAGUCGUACACAAGACGCCACUCGUCGCGCGAAACGUUCCGGGUUACUUUCCUCGAUAUCUUUCACGGUCGUACUUCCAACUAAUCCAACAUGCCAGGAGUAAGAGAUAUAAGCGCCGAGGCUUUCAUUACUGCAUACGCUUCCCAUCUCAAGCGGUCGGGUAAGCUUGAGGUCCCUACAUGGGUCGACCUCGUCAAAACAGGGUCAUUCAAGGAGCUCGCACCUUAUGACCCAGACUGGUACUACGUCCGUGCAGCUGCUGUUGCACGACACAUCUACCUCCGCAAAGACGUCGGUAUCGGCGCAUUGACAAAACUCCACGGUGGCCGCAACAGACGCGGCAACCGCCCAUCACACCACGCCGACUCCUCCUGCCUCCACGGUCAGCGUGAUUUGGACCGUAUCGCAACUGCUGUUGUUGAGGCUGCCAAGGAGGAGGAGGAUGAAGACGAAGAGGGCGAAGAGGAAGAGGAGGAGGAAGAGGAGGAGUAAACUCAUAUCCACCGCCACUUGCUAAUCCCACUUUGUCGCAUGCUCCGCGCGUGGUCACCAUGGAUAUUAUGACGAUACGGUAUGAUGCAUGCAUAUCUUUAAAAAUAUGGCACUUCCCUGCUUUCUCUACCAUCUAACUCUGUUCUGUUGAUAUCCGUGGUAGCUUACCACCAAGUUAAGCGCGUCCGUUUUCUUUGUCGAAUUUCAGAUGAAAACUUGAUCUACAUGUCACCACAUGACCAUUCCUACUGUACCGAUCUAUGUGCUUGCCUGUCCCACUUUCGAAGUUCAAGGACUACAUGAUCAUGAUCAUAACCUCCCACCGAAUGAUCAUCACGAAGUCCUGCAAUCGUGACAUUGUUCAACAAACAGUCCGCGC